AGUUUGCUUUCACGUUUCAUCGUGCGCGGAUGUGUUGGACAUUGUGGCGCGUUGCGCAUUUGUUAUAAACAAGUUCGUAAUAUUGAAAACAAUUUGUAAAUAAACCUUUAAAUUCUUCGUUUGACCUCUCAAGCACUGCAAGUGCAUAUAAAUUAAAGAAAAAGGAAAUUGCCAAAGUCUGUCACUAUUAUUUAUGAGUUAGUUAAUUUAAUUAAGUCAACUAAAACGAAAAUUAUUAUUGAAGUAGAUCAAAUCAGUGCGCUGUUUGUGUGUGUUUUAAAAUAUAGCAGCUUCCUGUUCGCUGCGGCCUACUUUAUUUUUUUAUAACAUAUAUAUUCCUUAUAUAGCGAGGAGUGCAGUUUGGCAAGUAAAAAAAGUGAAACUUUUACGAAUGACAGCUGCUAAACAAACACCAUGCAGUCAAAGUGAAAGAGAAAACCAAAGUGGCAAUAAGCCGCCAAAGUGAAAGAAGAGGGAGAGUGUGUGUGAAUGUGUACACAGAAUAACUGUAAGUGUUAAAAUAUUUGGGCACAUUUCAAGCACCCAAAAUGAGCGCCUCCGCAACACUGCUGCCAGUGAGCAACAACAACAACAAUAACUACAGUUAUGCUAGCAACAUUAUACACAUGUACAAAUAUCAAAAGCCCAUUAUGGAUGACACCACAUUGGAAAUCGCCUUGACCGCACCACAACUGAUCAAGAGCAACAGCUACAGCGGCACAAGCACCCGUUUUCCACUGGAAGCGAACAGUAACUGUGAACUGGAAAGUGCCGCCACAGAGUGCUCCUCUGCCAAGCAGCCAACGAGCAGCAACAAUAUGGGUGCGAUUGCCAAUGCGAUAGAGGAGAGCAGCGAAUGUGAUGCGUUUCUCAUAAAUCCCAGCAGCAGCAGGCGAAACAGCAAUCUUCAUCGCUUACCAUCGCAGCAGCGACGCAACACCUGCUCGCUGAUGAGAACGCAGGCGUUUCUGAUGCGCAACUGUUAUCUCAACUAUUUGGUGCCCAUUUGCCUGAUUGGACUGCUCCUCGUCGUUGGCUAUUUGACGCGCAACUAUGCUAAGGAGCUGUUAUUCUGGAUCGAGACGCAGAAUGCCUGGUUGACCUUUGUCAUAUUCAUGGCACUCUUCACGGUCGUCAGCUUCCCCAUUGUCGUCGGCUAUCUGGUGUUGCUGAUAACUGCCGGUUACCUCUUCGGCUGCUGGCGAGGCUGGCUAACGGUAAUACUUGGCGCAAAUGUGGGCAUUGCCAUUGCCCAUGCAACAAUACGAAGCUGCCGGCAUCGCAUCGCAGUCCACAAAUUGAUCAAAAAUGAGACUGGACGAGCGAUAUUGCGUGUUAUAUCUGGGCCCAAGGCGUUUCGGGUGGUGCUUUUCACGAGACUGACGCCAAUUCCAUUUGGACUGCAGAAUGCCAUCUUUGGAAUUAGCACAAUCAAAGCCCGGGAUUAUCAUUUGGCUACAUUCCUGGGUCUGCUGCCUGCCCAAACGAUAAAUGUUUAUCUGGGGUCGACGCUGCGCUCCAUGCACGAGGUGCUCAAUGACCAUGAUACCAAACUGACUGGCUACAUUAGCUUUGUGGUUGAGGUCAUUUGUGGCGCUGCGCUAAUGUUUUGGGUGGUUCAGAAGGCACGCAAGGAGCUGUCGGAAACGUUGCUUGAAUCGGACUACAGCAAUGAUGGCAAACCCAUUGAUAUCCAAGUUUAGCAGGCGGAGAUUCAAGCAUCGCCCUGCCCCCAACUGGCAGCUGUUGUUGAUGCUGCUGUCUGUUAAUUCGAAUAGGAAUUAUGUUGAAUAUUUUAUGACCUAAUAAUUAAAUUAUUUAAUUCGUAGUUUAGUAAGUAAUAGUAGAAAUGAGAAAAUAUACCAAAAAAGAAAAUAAAUAGGAAAGAAACUUUCGCAAAUAUUUGUAAGAGUUAAGCAACUUAACAAAAUCGAACGAGAACUCUCUUUAAUGAAAAUGCUGUGCCUAAAAUAUAUCUAUAUACAAUAUAUAAAUUAUACAAUUACAUAUUUAUAAAUAUUACAUAUAAGUUUUAAUGCCUCGCUCAGUGGCAUUUGGAAUGUAAAAUGCUCACAGUCUGCUCUUUAAUUCGAACUGUGCUCCCUAAACUCCGACAUUGUGCUCAAUUAUAUUAAACUAGUUUUAAGUAAUAAAUAUUAUAUUAUUUAAAUAUUAAA